GACUAGCAAAGUACAAGUGACGUCUGGUGAGAGAAACCAGUGGACUGGUUCAGGUCAAUACUGUACCUGUAGGAGAAAGAUGAUGAUGCCAAGGUGAUACUUGCCUAACCUUUGAUAAGGGACCAGAGAAGAGGAUGGCAUCUCCUUUGCCUUCCCAGUCAUCACCUGAGCGUUAUGUUCAGGCUGCAGAGAUUGGCAGUGGAGCAUAUGGCAUCGUGUACAAAGCCAGGGACACAGAAACUGGUCACUUUGUGGCCUUGAAGAGUGUGCGGAUACCAAUUGGUGAGGAGGGCAUGCCCGUUUCUACCAUAAGAGAGAUAUCUUUGCUCCGACAUCUUUGUCAGCUAGACCAUCCUAAUAUUGUUAAACUUCUUGACGUUUGUGAUGUGAUGGAUGUUGGCAGAUCAGAGAUGAUGUUAACUUUGGUCUUUGAGCUUGUAGACCAGGACCUAGCCCAGUAUCUUGAGAGAUGUCCUCCCCCAGGAUUAAGUUCUAGUACUAUCAAGGUAUUAAUGCAACAGCUUCUUAGUGGUGUAGAAUAUCUUCACUCCCACCGUGUUACUCACAGAGAUUUGAAGCCACAGAAUAUUCUCAUUGCUUGUGAUAAGAAACUCAAGCUCACUGAUUUUGGUUUGUCACGUGUUUACAGCUUUCAUAUGGCUCUGACCCCAGUGGUGGUCACAAUGUGGUAUCGGGCACCUGAAGUUCUUCUACAGGCUAGCUAUGCAACACCAGUUGACAUGUGGAGUGUUGGAUGUAUAUUUGCUGAGCUUCAUAGGAGAAGGCCUCUGUUCAGGGGACAGUCUGACAAGGAUCAACUUCAUAAAAUAUUUGAGGUUAUUGGGAUUCCACCAGAGGAUCAAUGGCCAGAUGUUGCACUUCCAUGGAGCUCCUUUCGUCAGACUGGACAGCGAUCUUUCCUAGACCUUGUCCAGGAGAUAUGCAAUCAUGGCCUAGAUCUAUUGGAGCGAAUGCUAUGUUUCAAUCCAGACCAUCGGAUCACAGCUGAGCAAAGCCUGUCACACAGUUACUUUGACGAUGAACAUGAUGAUGAGGAGGAAGAAGAUGAUGACGAUACCGAAGUGGAGGAAGAGGAUGAUGAUGAUGAUGAAGGGGUUGAUGUUGGCCAAGAACGUAGUCUAUCGGUAGCGUCUUCAAGAAUGAGCCUUUCUACAGACGACUCUGGUUCACAUUCGCAGUUUGGUGUUAGCGACGAUUCACAGUCUCAAGAAAUCACACCAACUAAUGUGCGAUGAUGCGAAAUCCAUGGAUACGAAUGACAUUCGCCAAGAUAUCUUUGAAAUGCUGAAUUGUGGUGCUUGAUUCAACCUGUGUACUGGUGUUGUAAAAAAAAAACUUGCAGUAUUUUCCAAAUUUUGGAGGCUGAUGUUGGCAUUGUAUAAUGGAAGCUACUAUGUGUAAUGCCUAUAAGGAUUCACAUCGUCCAUUGACUUUACACAGCAGUAAGUGUGUGUACGUACACACUUGAUGACUGUUGUUCUAAAGCACGAAAUCAUCAUGAUAUUGCUAAUUGGGUCAUGUCAAACUUAUUUGCACAAUUGCACUUUAAUUGGAUACAGAUUUGUGUCAGAUGUCUUCAUCUUUAUGUUGAAUAGACUGUAAGCUAGGAAGCAGUGGAGUUUGCCAUUUGGUGUUAAGCAGCUGAUAUAUUUUCCUACUGCAUUCCUAGACAUUCCUGAAAAGGAUAAAAGUUCCAGAUGUAUUGCUGUGGUGCAGAGAUAAUCUCUUGUGGUUGGAUAUCUUGUUAGAAGAAAGGUAAUUGAAUACUAUUUAAUGAGUAUCAUCAACUUGUUGAUCCUGUGUAAGAUGCAAGAUAUGUUUAGUAGGGAAACCUACCAAGUGCAGAGUGAUGGGUAGAAGAGAGUUGUAAAAUAUCAUACUUCGUCACACAUGGAUCUGCUGGUUAGGGUUUUCAAAAAUGAGAGUUUACCAACUAGUUUUUUUGUCUCACCUGCAUAGCAGAGUGAGACUAUAGGCGCCGCUUUUCCAACGGCGGCGGCGACGGCGUCAACACCAAAUCUUUUGAAAUGACAUCAUAACUUAGAAAGUAUAUAGACCUAGUUCAUGAAACUUGGACAUAUGGUUAGUCAAGUAUUACUAAACAUUCUGCCUUAGUUUCAGGUCACAUGACCAAGGUCAAAGGUCAUUCAGGGUCAAUGAACUUAGACCAUGUUGGGGAAUCAACAUCAAAAAUCUUAACCUAAGGUUAAGUUUUUGAAAUGUCAUCAUAACUUAGAAAAUGUAUGGACAUGGACCUAGUUCAUGAAACUUGGACAUAAGGUCAAUUAAGUAUUACUGAACAUCUUGCCAGAGUUUCAAGUCACAUGACCAAGGUCAAAGGUCAUUUAGGGUCAAUGAACUGUGGCCAAGUUGGGGGUAUCUGUUGAAUUACCAUCAUAACUUUAAAAGUUUAUGGAUCUGAUUCAUGAAACUUGGACAUGAGAGUAAUUAAGUAUCACUGAACAUCCUGUGUGAAUAUAAGGUCACAUGACCAAGGUCAAAAGUCAUGUAAGGUCAAUGAACUUUUGUCAAGUUGGGGGUAUAUGUUGAAUUAACAUCAUAACUUUGAAAGUUUAUUAGUCUAGUUCAUAAAACUUGGACAUAAGAGUAAUCAAGUAUCACUAAACAUCCUGUACAAAUAUCAGGUCACAUGACCAAGGUCAAAGGUCAAUGAACUUUGGCCACGUUGGGGUAUCUAUUAAAUUACCAUCAUAACUUUGAAAGUUUAUGGAUCUGAUUCAUGAAAAUAGGACAUAUGAGUAAUCAAGUACCACUGAACAUCUCAUGCGAGUUUCAGGUCACAUGACCAAAGUCAAAGGUCAUUGAACUAUAUCCAUUAUGGAGGUACUUAUAAGAUUGCUGUCAUUACCUUCAAAGUUUAUAGAUAUAGUGUAUAAAAUGUGGAUAUAGGGGUAAUCAAGUAUCAUUGACAAGUCUUGGGUCGCAUGAUCAAGGUCAAAUGUCAUUUAUUGUCAAUUAACGUAGUAUUUUCAUUAUAUGAAUGGUGUUUUUUGUGAAUAAUUAUUUUAUAGUAGUUUUCAAAGUCAGCACUGCUGCUAUAUUGAAUCGCGUGAUGCAGGUGAGACAGCCAGAGGCGUUCCACUUGUUUUAUAACUGUGAGUGUGCCAAUGACACAAUCUUUCAUAAUUCAUAGAAUACUAAAAUCAUGAAUAUUAAUGCAUCAUAAGCAGCACUGAUUUGUGAAGAAGAUUUAGUGAAUGUUUUGGGGGAAAAUUCACUUAUAGAGUGCCUGUUCCUGAAUUUUUUUUUUUUUACUGAUUUGAUUUGAUGGAGAACAAUUUCUCAAUCAUGGUAGUUGAAUUUGAAGGGAAAUUAUUAAUACUUUUGGGCUUUAAUUAUGUUUUUCUUUGAUGGUUUCCAAAUGUUUAAUAUUCUCCACUAAGCUAUCCAGUAGAAAAAAAAACAAGACAUGAAUUUGUAAUGCCAUAGUAAUAAAUGAUUUUCCUUUCAUGCAUUAUGAAUGCUUUUGAGAAAAAAAAAAGUUACCUUUAUUUUCAUUUUAUAUUGAGGUUGACUACACAAUGAACAUGAUAAAUGCACAAUCAUUGUUAUUAUUUGAUUUAAAAUAAAGAAUUUCAUUAUUUUCUGCUUUUAUAUUUUAUUUUUGCUGUUACCAUGAAGCACAUUUCAAGCCAUCAUUGUUAUGAUCCUCUAGAUCUUGAACUUAAGAGCAUUCCCAUAAAAUAGUUUUGGGACUUACCACUGAAACUUAGUUGUAUAUUUCAUUCGUUUAUAAAGUGAUUUUGUACAGAAUAUAUUUAGGCUUAACCCUAUCUAGGCCGGGAUAUUUUGGGAGUUCAUAUGGCCGGGGGGGGGGGGGCCUCCCAGGCCCCCCUUGAGAUCUCGGCCGUCGGCCACGCGACCGCGCCGAAAAUUGGCACGCAGGUUGUCUGGGACAUAAUCUACAAAAUUGUAUAGUAAUUUAUUUCAUGCAAAUUGCUAUUAAGUGAUUAUGCUAAUUUAAUUCGUAAUUAGUAUGCGAAAUCAUACUUUUCAUUCUAACUCCCUAAAUAAAGCUCCAAAUGUUCUAAUUUUUGGUUUGGAAACUCUUUGUGGUGUUCUUAGCAAGUGUACAUGACAAAAAUUGCGAUAUCAGAUCAAUUUCUUAUGUAUUAUAUUGUUUUUUUCAAUUUCUUAUGUAUUUCAUUGUUUUUUGGACCUUUUGUUCUUCAUUGUUUUUCAAUGAAAUUUGUUGGGGACUCUUCUGAGAUCAAAAACAGCAUAAAAUAAAUACGUUUGGACCAGCAAAACUAGAAAUAAUCAUACAUUUAUGAUUUUUGGUUGAAAACAUAAUUUGCAUUGACUUUGUACAAGAAAUCACGUUUUUGAGCAAUUUUUGGUCUGACAUGCACUUACAUAAUGUUGCGUAAUUUUGGAGCCGCGCACCCGGGUGACACAAAACUGGUCUCAAAAGUUGCACAAGACUUGAAAGUAAAAAGUCAGCGAGCGGCGCGGUAAAAAACAUUCGCGCGGCGAAAAUAUUGCGCGAAUCAUUGAGGGGGGGUGGCCUCAGAGGCCCCCCCCCCCCGGCCUAGAUAGGGUUAAAAUGGGCAAUUCAUUUGGGGUGAUAUUUCACAAAGAUGUUUGAAUCUGAAAAGUGUGACUAAAUAUUGUAUUUGAAUUCCCAUUUGCACAUGCUAUAUUUUGUAUAUAACAUGUCGCCUCAAUGGUCAGAUAAUUUAUCAUAUUCACCAGUGAGAUUAUGCAUUAUAUCAUGUGCACAUUAGCUCCUGAGCAUGACACUUAGUCAGAAUUAGUUCUUGAAACAUCACCAAGUUGUUAAGUUCAGUUGUGAAAAAAAUUUGAACAUUUGUCCUUUAAUCAGUAUUCAAUGCACAUGUCUCUGCAAGUGGACAGUUUUAAUUUCCCAUACUAUUAUAUAUUAAGCAAGUGUUUCCAAUCCGGAAGAACAAUAACCGUAAUUAUGCUCCAUUACAUUUGAUAUUAAAGGUUAUAAAAGAUGA